CAAAGGACAGAAGAGUAGGUGGGAUUUAAGGUGUUUUCAAUGAUGUGGACUUGUCUGAUUAUGCUUACAAGACCUGAAGGUAACAGUGGCUAUGUUGAGUGUGGGCUUACAAUGCUACUGAUGUCGGGCAUUUGCUCCAUGAUGUUUUCUGGCUGCUGGCAUGGGGACCUUACUCUGAAGGUGAAAUGACUACAUCGAUGGCACACUUCAUAGUCCCUUCCAAGGCAUCUACACCCCAGGACCCUAUUCCCUCUGUCUGUUGUGGCUUUGGUGAGCCCCAGGGACUUUGCUGUGAGCGCGCCUCUAUGUUUGUUCUGUCCCUGGCCUGUCCUCAGCACCCAGAGGCAGCUCCUGUAUGCAGCUCUGCCUGGAGGUGCUGCCUAUUCCCUAGCUGUUCCAGAGUGGUUGAAGAGAGAUACCAUCACUCUGCUCUGUUCCCUCUCAGGUUAUCCAUGGUGAGCACCAAAGCCCUGAAUUCUCCUUUCUCCCACUCUGUCCCUGAGCUCAUCCUCUGUCCUCCAGGGAACAGCAGAGGGAUAGGUACUGGGAAACAGGCUCAGAUGCUGGGGUCAUGGCUGCCUUGUGCUCCAUCCUUUUGGUCCUCUUCUGUCCCUGUGCUUCAGAACCAGGUCCAGGACUGGAGCGUGUUAAGUCCCAAGGACAAUAGAAACUUACCCCUCAUAAAGGUGGACAUGCUCUCUUCCAGUCUUCCUUGUGGCACUGGUGGCCACUACUGUGUAGCAGCCCUGAGUACUGGGCAUUCUCCACAGAGCAUCACUUUGACCCUUUGCUCUAGGGCCCUCAGGGGGACAGUCAAUAGUGUCCAGGACAAAUAUCUGGUCCUGGAAUGCUCUGGUCUCCCGCAGGGACUUCCCACACCAUACAUCAGGGAAAUUAGAGGUAGAGAUGUUGGCAUGGCCAGAGUAAGCUGGGAAGGACACCUGUGGGGUGCCAGCCUAAUGGGAAAGCUCUGAAUGUUUCCUGGUCACCUGCCACAGAGAGCAGACAGGCAUUGAGUCACCUCCCAGAACCCACAGUGUGUGGACACUGGCCACAACCAUUCUCUACAUCCUUCACAAUUGGACCACAGGCCACAUCCAUAGUCCUUGUGCAGGGGACUUGGACAAUGGCCAAUCCUCACUGUUCCCAACUGUGACUGACUGACAGUCACAGGACAGCUCUGCCGUGUGGGCAUCCAGUUGAAGAGGGCAGAUUUUUCAUGAGUCUGGUGGGAGCUUGUGCAUUUCACCCAUCAGUGAGGAAAGCCCCCACCCACAGAUGCUUGGCAUCACUUAGAAACCCCUGGUCACACCUUGCUUCCCACAUGUGAUCUGCAUGUUACUGCCUGUCCCUGAAACCUGCUCUAGGUGUCUCUGGGCUGUAUGGGUCUAGAGGUCCUCAGGGGUCAGCUCUGCCUUUGCUGGGGCUGCCUCAAAGGGUUCCUUUUCUUUCUACCCCCUUCCCCUUUCAUUCUCAGGGGUUUGUUCAAAAGUUUUCCCUGAUAAAUGCUUAAAUAGAAGCCCUGGGAUGCAUAUUUUGUGGAAGACUGAUGGAGCAAACUCACAGUACACUGCUAUGUAGGGAGCUGUUUAAACUGGAGAAUGAUAACAUGUGCAGGGCUAAAGCAAGGCCAGCCCUGAAAACACAGAAAACCUAAAACAAGCCAUCUAAACAAGCUGUUCCAGCUCCAGGAAGGCAAGGGGCUGAAAUUGACAUUCUUCUUGGGAGUGUAUAAACAAAGGUGCUACAGUGUUUGAGCAGUUCCUUUCCUCUCAUCAGGAGAGUAAGGGCUCCACCUGACCCCAGCUUUGUCACUUUAUUUUCUCAUCCUCUCAAGGUCCUUCACCCUAGGAACCUCAAGGGCUGCAAGAGUUGCAGCAUAUAGUGCCUGAACAUGGGUGGGGUAAGAGAUAGAGAGUGAGGGGACACUUCUCAUUUGUUUGCAACUAGGGGGAGAAGUACAUUGAUAUAGGUCAUUAGUCAUCAUUGGAGUAUGCUGAUACUGGCUUCAUCAGAUGUAAAGACUGGGGUAGUGAAAUAAAACAUUCUCUAAAGCCACAAUUAUAAAUGGGCUUGUGAGAAAUCCCUUGAUGGCGGGGGGGGGAGGAGGUAUAUUUAUUCAUUAGUGGUAUAAUUAUAGGACAAACAAAGUCUAAAGAAUCACAAAUGUACAUGGAAGUGUUGGUUGUAUGCUUGAUUCCAGUAUUUACAUUUCUUUUGUGGCUUUUGAUUGAGAAGUAUCUUAAUAAUUAUAAGCUUGUUGAGACAGCCACAAGGAAAUUGGCUCAGAGCAAUACUUUAAAAUCAAGUCCUGAAUAGGAAUGAGAUGGCAGAGUAACAGAAACUCAAUAAAGUUUAAGCUAUAUAACCUUGCUCAAUUAGAUAAAGGAGAGAUGGAUAACUCUUCCCCAUAGGAGGGGAGCUUUGCUGUGAAUUUACCACACCCAAUAUUUUUAAUUGAGCCACAAGCAGCUAUCCCCACCUUUUCAGCUCAGACAGAUGGAAACCUGCAUCACAGGUUGGAACAUCUACAUCCAAGGGAGUAGAGCUCUUUUUGCAUCUCUCUUGCAAUUGUCACUAAAAGAAGUCAGACUGGCAGGGGAAUACAUGGAUGGUUUUCAACAUAUCUACUUGUUUACUAAACUUUGAAUCUCCAAUAAUCAAGGACAAAUUAUAAUCACUCAGGUCAUCAAUCCAUAGCCUAAACGAAAGGAAAAGAACAAAGCUACUUGCUUUCAUUGUGGGGUUAGGAACAUUCUGCCACAAGUUGCUCUGUUGCACCUGUAGGGUGCCACCACCCUACAGCCACCACCUGUCUUGUCAACAAAACCUUCAAGUAUCUGUCUAAAGUGUAGAUGAUGAUAUCAUUGGGCCACUUGACGUAUAUUUAAAAUUGAUGUGGAAGGACUAUCUAUUCCAGAAAAACUUCCAGCGGGGCCUAUCACAGUGCUACCACAGAGUAGAAGUGCCACAGCUCAGACAGCUUCCCUGAGAUGGCAUGGCCCUACUCAGCACGACAAACUUCUUGUGGUUGGGGGAUAAUGUGGUCCUGGUUUGUGGCUUGCUGAUUUUUAUUUACAAAAUACUCUCAUAAAAGAUAAUUUGAUAUAACCAAUACAAUAACACCAAUAUGUAAAACUUGUAAAAGUUGAAUAUUCAGCUUUCAUGAGCUGGUAAUAGGUUGGCUCAAGCAUUUUACUUUCACUAUGGCUUCCUACAAGGAAGUCUUAAUAUUUGUUAGUGUAAAUUCUCCAACUCCAUUGUUUUUCAAAAGUGUUUAUUUCUGGGGUACUUGCUUCAAAUUUGUGAUCAGUUUAACUCUACAUUUAUUUAGGUCUUCUUUGCUUUCUUAUAUCAAAUCUUAGUUUUCAAUACACUGACACUACACAGCUUGUUAAAUUUCUUGAGUUUGUUUCUGAAGAAGGAAUUAUAAAUUUACAUACUUGGGAGCAAAUGGGAAAAUAGCUUAGAGCAAGGCUAAAGAGAAAACAAUAGAAAUCUAUCAGGACCUUUGCAGACUUUUGAAGGAUUACUUAACAGGGAGAAACUGUGGCUUCCUGCUCCUCACACUAUUUCUCACCAGAUCUCAAGCAGGGGAGGGAAACAAAGAGCACCCCUGAGCCUGGAGCUUGGCCCAGACAAAAGAGGUGAAGAAACAAUGUUGCUUGUUUCAGCUGCAGUGGUGAAAUGUUAUGAUUCUAAUGUAACAUAAUGUUGAUAGAUUUAAUACUGUUUCUUAAGGGUUGAUAAUCUGUUAAAAUGUUCAAGUGGUAUUUCUUACUGUAUAUUUUUUUUCCUGAAAUUCUGUAUUACUUGUACCCUUUUACUGCUUUGUUUUUUUUUUCCUCUCUUUUUUCUCUUUAAAUUAAAAAAAUGUUCAAGUGGUAAAAUGAUAAAAAAUAAGCAUGUCUUUUAAGCUGGAAAUUGGUUUAAAGCAAUGUGACAGUCAUGGAUGGGAAUGGUUGAUACACUGUGUCAGCCUUCAGGAAUCUUGACUGAGUGACUUGGUGAGGAGGCUGGGAUUCUCACUUUGCAAACAUCCUUAUACUGUGUAAGAACAGGGUACAGAGUUAGCCUGAAUGCUGCACCCAUCUGGGGAUGGCCUGUAGGGGGAGAAAGUUUCGCUAUGUUAGCUGUCUGCCACUGCCAUGAAUUGUUACUCCCUUAGACACUGUUCAAUAGGCUUCUGUUUCUCAUGCUACCUUCCAUCAAAAUGCUUUUGUCUUAUGAAAACAGUUCCAUUUAACCCCAAAACAGACCCAACAAUUGUUAAACAAUGUUCCUCAUACAUAAUACAAGCUAAAAAUUGUUAAACUUGCUCAAAAUUUAAUUACAAAAACGAAAAGGGAAAUUUUACCUACUAUUUUUAUACCUGAUAAUAGGCUUCACUUGGAAGUAUGUACUGUUAAAAGUUUUAAAUCCUACUAAAGAUGGAACUACAGCAGUAGCAAGGCAACUUGAUCAGGUAAAAGCAAGAAGUGAGAGUCCUUCAGAAAGGUCUUCAUACUAAACAAUGAAAGCACUCAGUCCAGCACUGAUUUUGUGUCAAGGAUAGGCAUAUGUCUUUCCAGAGAAUGUUGAACAGCCUAUCUGGGUGCCAGAGCAUACUGUUCAGAUAUAUCAUGGAGUCAGACACAGAAAGGGGCUGAUUCCAUCUCUCAAGAAGCAGAUGCUUAGUUCUAUGACUGUGAUGCCUCAGAGACCACUCUACAGCUCACAGACAAGGAUGGGAUUAGACCAGACCUAGAGCCAGUUGAAGCAAUUGACCCAGAAUGCCCAAGGGAUGGAAACCAAAAAUAAAACCAAAGACAUAAACAGAUAAUAGGAGUAUGCUUAGUCCUAUGACAAAAAUAUGUUAUAGACAAGAUUUUGUCCUUUCCAAAUUCUUUUACAAGAUAUCUCUGAUACUGCCUACAAUAAAUUUUUACUAGUAUAUUUAUAAUUGCACAUUUUAUAACUUUAAAAAGAUUAUAUAUAUAAUGCAAUUUGGAUAAAAUAUAUUUGUAUGUACUCUGAUUUUGUGAGAUGUUUAUCAGUCUGCCUGUUAUCUGUUUGACUGUUUGUCCAGUCUGUUGAGCUGUUGUUGAGAGUUGCUGAGCUAGUGAUCCUUCACGCAUGAAAAGCCAAAAGCACAAGUGUCCAUACAAGAGUUCCCAGGGGCACAGAGUGCCUCAAAAACACCCUGAGGGUGUAAGGUGCUGUAGGUGAACAGGUGUUCCAGCCUGAGAACACAGGGUAUAAAAAGUGAGCUAGUUCAGCAAAUGGGCAUGGUACAAGUAUAUAAAUAGCCCCCCCCAAACUUAGAGAGCUCUAGUGGGCACCAACAAGUAUUGUGCUUGUUUCUAUGUCUGUUUCAAUCUGUAGAGAUCGUUCGUGUUUGUCAUUUGUCCAUUCUGUGAACAGCUGCUCCUUUUUGUUUUAGUUCAAUGAUUUUUCUCUUUUCUUUGUUUUGCAUUUUUUAGUAAUUUAAUCAAAGUUUCAUCUGGGUCGUACAUUAAAAAAAAUGUUUUCACCUGGGUUGCCAGCUUGCCAAAAAUGGUUGUGUAAAUGUAAUGUAUAUUAUUAUUAUUGACUUGAGAAUCUCUCAUAGGUUAAAAAUUAAUGGGCUAAAUGUUAUGACUGAAUUUUUCAUAAGUCAUCAGAGUUAUUAUUAAGAUAAUUAAAAAAGAAAUCCUUUGUAGUAGGAGGAAAUUAUUGAACAGGACUCCAGUUGAUGUAUAAGAAAACAGCUGCCUGGUAACAUUAACCAGUUCUUGUUCAUUAAUGGGAGACCCCACUGAUCUGUAUGGUCUUAUGGAAGACACCCCAAUUAAAGUUUUAGAAAUAUAUUAUUGUGAUAUGCUUACAUUGGUGAUUGUCACAAGAUGAUAUUUUCUAGACUAUAAGGUUGUUGAUUUAAAGAUGCCAAUACCAAGGUUUUCACAUGGCUAUGACAAAUGAUUGUUAUUAGCCUCAGGUUUAUUAAUAUAUUCAUGCUUCCAGAUAUACAAGGCUUCCAAGAUAUAAAACAAGGAUUGUUUAUGGUGACAGAAUUUUGUUUCAGAUUCAGACCUUUGCCUUUAAUAAAAACUUAUGAGAUGUACAUCCCACUGAAGGUCAAUAAGUUAGGUAAAAUCUUCUUAAGUUUUAGAUAGGGACGACUGGUUAAAAGGGGAAAUUUUAUGUCAAAAUGGAAAUUCAAGUGUGUUACAAAAUGUCAUCAUUAUUGUCAUGCUAUAAUGUAUAUUGUUUGAUUUCUAAUUUUCUGUGUAAAAUGUAUAACUAUUAACAUUCUACAGGUAUUGAAAUAUUAAAACAUCCAUGGUUCCUAAAAAAUAAUGGUUCUAUGUUCUAAGGUGUUUGAUGUUUGGAUAAGAUAAUAAUGUCAAACUUACUGCCUGUACUACACUGUACUGUUAUCAGUCUUUUCUUCUGGAUGUUCAACAACUGAGGUUUAGAGGUCAAAAAUUAGAGAGCUACUUGGGCUAAGAGGACAAUCAAUAUUUGGGCCCUAGCCUUCUGAGGUCAAUGAGAACCCAGAACAUUAGAGAACCACAUACUCAGCGAGUCCCUGAUUUUCUGAUCAAGAAGAUUGUGACAUCACAGAGGAAAAUGAUCACUGGUGUAUAGUGUGCCUCAGGAGAGUCAUCAGGAGAGAAGGUCUCCCAAGCUUUCACAGAAGGCAAUCUGUUCAUGCAAUGGCCGUGACUCAUCCGUAAAGUUGGCACUGACAGAAGUACUGAGAGGUGCUGUGUGUGGUUCCAAGGCAUUUCUCUAGGAGACUUAACUGACCUUGACAGAUAAAAAAAAAGUUUGUAAUUAAUACAGGUCUCACCUUGGUCUUGAACAUGCUGAAGAAAGUGCAAUUACUAGAGUUAUAUGAAACAGUGUCAUAAUAAUGUGUUAAUCAUAAAAGAAACUUAACUCAGUAACACCGUUUGAUAGUUUCCAGCCACACUGAUACCUGUCUAUUGUUAUGGAUUGAUGGACUGUACAGAAUUAAAUUAUGGAAUGCAAGAGCUUUAACUCCUUGGACUGCACUUAAAAUGAAAAGGAUUCAAGAAUGAAAGGGUCUUCCACCGAGUUCUUCAAACAACUCCUCCAGUUUCUUUCUUUCUUUCUUUCUUUUUUUUUUUUUUAUCGGUACCAGGGAUUGAACUCACAAUCGCACGCUUGCAAGGCAGGCACUUAUGCCGCUGAGCUAAAACCCCAGCCCCAACUACUCCAGUUUCAACAGAACACUCAUUCUCUUGUGGGCCUUCACCCCAAGAACCUCAAGAGCUGCAUGGGUAUUAGCACUGCUUUCCCUGGGAAAAGGCAGGUUUGGGGUCACUGUAAGGCACAGUAAUCACUUGAACAGGAGCACACUGGCUGUAGUGCAGAGCAUAGACUGUGUUGCAGUGAAAGAUAGAGCCCCAGGAGGAGGGAGGUUGUUUGGUCCCAGAAGUUCCAAAUGAGAAUGGAAAAACUUCCCAUGUCCUGGACUGCUGGAGGGUGGAACACCACGAUUUGGCUGGGCAUCCAAGGAGCUGGCAAAGCCAAAGUGUGGGCUUUGCCAAAGGUUGGGCAGGGUGGGAUAGCAGUGGAGGUCUGAAGGUUCUCAGAAGGGUUGGGCUGGGAAGCCUGGUUCAGAUGUCCACACUGGGAUAUAUUUAUGUCAUUGGCACACAGAGGCAUCUUGUGAGCACAGUACGAUGAACUCUAUUCCUAAGCAGGACCAUAACCCACAAACAGUCCAGGGUGAAGGAGGGCAGAGCAGAUCCCAAGGAGGACCUGCUCACCCAGGAGGUGGAGGUUGGGCAGAGGACCCUAUGGAUGGGGAGCUCACUGUGGCCCUGCCAGUCCUGCUGGGUGUGGCAGUCCCUGGGGUGCUUGGCUUCCGUUUAGCUGCUCUGACAAGGUCUCCACUUUUCCACCUUGAUGUGCCACUGGCUGCAGAUGGCACUGCCAGAAUCUGAGUUCUGACUUCUGGGCACACAAAGCCUUGGAGGCUCUGGCUGUGCCUAGGGUGAAAGAGGUAUUUUGCAGCUCCAGCCCUACACAGCUUCUGUGGGUCUUCCUGAAGCCAAUUCUGUGUCCCAGGGGCUUUGGGUGGGGUCUUCCUGGUGAGUAAGGGAUACAGGCACCAGGCUGGCUGCCUUGCUCUGCAGACCCAGGCUGUAAUUUGGGAUCCAUUUAGUGGGUGGAGCUGGCCAGCAGGGCAAGUCUAUAAGCAAGCCAGGCACCCAUCCUGGAAACAGUCUGAGUGACCGAGACGGCGCUGGAACCCAUGGACACGUCGUUCCCCCGUGAGGAUCCCCGGACCCUGACACCAGGCAAAGCUGAUGGUGCUGCCCCUAUAGCCCUUGGGCUGGGAGCACCAAGCCCUCCACCCCAUGACCACCUGAUCUGGUCCAUCUUCAGCACAAUCUACCUGAACCUGUGCUGCCUUGGCUUCCUGGCACUGGUGCAUUCUGUUAAGGCCCGAGACCAGAAGGUGGCUGGGGACCUGGAGGCAGCCCGACGCUAUGGCUCCAGAGCCAAGUGCUACAAUAUCCUGGCUGCCAUGUGGACACUCGUUCCCCCACUACUGCUCCUGGGACUGGUGGUGACUGGAGCCCUGCACCUAUCUCGGCUGGCUAAGGACUCUGCGGCAUUCUUCAGCACCAAGUUUGAUGAUGCAGACUAUGACUGAGUCCCUUUCCGGACCAGAGCACCCUGCCUCCAAACCCUGGCCCCAGGGAGCUUUACCCUAUGACAGGGUCCCAAACCCUGGCUGACUGUGACCCUGGAGGCACCCCUGUCUCAACCUGGUCAUCUGAAGCUGGCCAUUCAGACCCCAGGGACCUCAGCUCAUCUGUAAGGAUUCCCAGUCCCUCACUCUCUGGGCUCAUUUUCUGUUUGCAAUUAAAAGUACCAGAUACCAGA